AUGGAUUUUUCAAAAGUUUUCGUAACGGUUGCGUGUCUGCUGCUGAUUUCGAGCAGUUUGGUCGGUGCGUUGAAACCGCCCGCGACCAAAGUGAUCGGCGGCCAGGAAGCUUCGCCCGGAGAAUUUCCGUACGUGGUGUCGGUUCAGUGGAACUUUGGAAACGGGUCGCGGGCGGUUCAUUUUUGCGGUGGGACGAUCGUGAGCCCGGGUUGGAUUUUGACGGCGGCGCACUGCCGGGAGACGACGUUCGACGGCGGUUGGCUCGAGGUGGUCGCUGGGGAGUUUGAUUUGAGGAGGGAGGAGGGAUUCGAGCAGAGGCGAAAUGCGAGCAAGUUUUUAGUACACGAAUCGCGAUCGCCCGGCUUCGUGGGACCGUACGAUAUUGCGCUGAUCAAACUCGAUCGACCGCUGCAGUUAACCUCGAAUGUGUCAACGAUACCGUUGGACGCCAGAAACGGUCCCAUGGUUGGAUUUGCCGUGUUGCCAGGGUGGGGCGCCGUGACGUCCACCGUCGAGCCCGAUUACCCAGGAAAACUUCAAAAGGUCAACGUACCGGUUUAUCCAUACGACGCGUGCCUGCAGUACUUCCCCCUCUUCAGUCCACUCGAGGAGAGCAACUUUUGCGCGGGAGAACUAAGCGGAUCGGCCAACGCCUGUCAUCGUGACUCGGGAGGACCGCUGAUCCAGACGGUGGACGGCGUCGAAACCCAGGUCGGCCUCGUCUCGUGGGGAGCCUUCCCGUGUUCGGCCUAUCGCAGCCCUACCGUCAUAACCUGGAUCAGCAAGUUCAGGGACUGGGUUCGGAUGACGAUUGAGCGGGAAGAGUCUGGCGAUCACAACAAUUGA